AUGUGUGAGCCAACUUUAAGAUCAACGACCAUUUUGACAGAACAUUUACAAUAUCCCCCAAUAUCGUUAGUGGACGAUGUUAUUAAUGCUGUUAAUGAGAUUAUGUACAAGUGUACUGCUGCAAUGGAGAAAUACUUACUAGAAAAGAGUACUUUAUCUCAAAAUGGGGUCGAUUACACAGAUGAAAUCAAAAUUGGAGUUGGAAAAUUAGAAACGCUGCUAGAAUAUUCUGUUGAUAAAAACUUCGAUAAAUUUGAAUUGUAUGUUCUCAGAAAUAUUCUACGGAUUCCAAAUGAAUUAUUAGAUAAGAAUGCGUUCAGAUUAGAAAGCCAAAGAGAUUUAAUUGCUUCAAAUAAAGAUGAGAUCGAGCAGACUAAAAUUCAGUUAGAUCAAAAGAUCAAAAGCAUUGAAGAGGCAUUUGAAUUAAAUUACGAGUUGACUAGAAGAUAUAAAGAACUGAAAAAAUUGCACAAUAAAGUGAAGAAAUUUAAAGCAAUAGUAAUUAAGAUAUUAGAGUGUGAAGAUUCUCAAACUGGGAAAGAAUUAUAUAAGACUUUGCAACCGAUUGAUGAUUCCAUUAAAUUCUUGACUAGUAAGAUUCGUGAAUGGUAUAUAUUUAGUGAGGAGCAUAUUUCUUUGGAACAAGUUAGAAAUAUCACUUCUAAUAAAGCCACCUCAGAGUCAGCAGUUGGAAAUGCAGAAACAUUAUCAAGAUCAAAGUAUAUUGAGAAUAGGGUUAAAAUGAUAUUAAAUGGGAACUCAAGCACUCCCAAAGAAGAGAAGCCUAAUUUGAGUAAGAAUUUUGGUGAACUAAAAAUAACGAACCCAGAUUUACCUGUACUUACGGAUCAACUUCCUUGA